ACAGGCAAUGUCGGGUCCCCGCCACCUCCCCCUGCUCCUCGCACCCCUCAGUCCCUACACUCUGUUCUUUCCCUGUGCUGAUUGUCACACAUUGUUUACUACGGCUUGAAAUGUGACUCACAACACAGGCUAUCUGCUGGAGUACCGCUCUGACAAGUGAAGGAUUCUUUUGACGCGCACCGUGCGUCUUGGUUAUUUGGGGACAGGCUGUGGAGACUACCCUUCUGCCAUGACAGUGGAUUUGUUUGCGCUUCUAUGCGUACUGGUCAUCACAUCUUCUGCGAUGGAAGAGACCGUGAUGGACACUCGGGUGGCCACAGCGGAACUGGGCUGGACAGCAUAUCCUAAUUCUGGGUGGGAGGAGGUGAGUGGCUAUGAUGAAAACCUCAACACCAUCAGGACCUACCAGGUGUGUAAUGUCUUCGAGCCCAGUCAAAACAACUGGCUCCUCACCACCUUCAUUGAUCGCCGUGGAGCACAGCGCAUCUAUGUGGAGAUUAGAUUCACCGUGCGCGACUGUAGCUCCAUCCCCAACGUUCCUGGCUCAUGCAAGGAGACGUUUAAUCUCUACUACUAUGAAACUGAUGCUGUCAUUGCCACUAAAGGCACCGCCUUCUGGAUGGAGGCCCCUUACCUCAAGGUGGACACCAUUGCUGCAGAUGAAAGCUUCUCACAGGUGGACUUUGGCGGACGCCUGAUGAAAGUCAACACAGAAGUGCGGAGCUUCGGCCCAUUGUCUAAAAAUGGCUUUUACCUGGCCUUUCAGGACUAUGGCGCCUGCAUGUCUCUGCUGUCAGUCAGGGUCUUUUAUAAGAAGUGCCCAAGUGUGGUCCAGAACUUUGCAAUCUUUCCAGAGACCAUGACAGGGGCUGAGAGCACAUCCCUGGUUAUUGCCAGAGGAAUCUGCAUUCCCAACUCAGAGGAAGUAGAUGUCCCUAUAAAGCUCUACUGCAAUGGAGACGGAGAGUGGAUGGUUCCUAUUGGUAGCUGCACAUGCAAGGCUGGGUUUGAACCUGACAAUGGCAACGUAUGUCGAGCAUGCCCGCCAGGUACCUUCAAGUCAACCCAGGGUCCAGGUCUGUGUCUACAGUGCCCUCCUAACAGCCGCUCCACAGCUGAGGCCGCCACCAUCUGUGUGUGCCGCAACGGCUACUACCGUGGCGAUGCUGAUCAACCGGAUGAACCCUGCACCAGUGUCCCGUCUAGCCCAAGGAAUGUGAUCUCCAUUGUGAACGAAACCUCUGUAAUCCUGGAGUGGCACUCUCCCAGGGAGACAGGCGGCCGUGAUGAUGUCGUCUACAACAUAGUGUGCAAGAAGUGUCGGGCCGACCGGCGCUCCUGCUCCCACUGCGACGACAAUGUGGACUUCAUCCCUCGACAGCUGGGUCUGACUGAGACCAGGGUGUUCAUCAGCAACCUAUGGGCUCACACCCUCUACAGCUUUGAGAUACAAGCUGUCAAUGGAGUCAGCAAUAAGAGUCCGUACCCUGCUCAGCAUGUCUCCAUAGACAUCACCACCAACCAGGCUGCUCCCUCCAUAGUUCCCAUCAUGCACCAGAUCAGCUCCACCAUGAAUAGCUUCACACUGUCAUGGCCACAACCAGAACAGCCCAAUGGCAUCAUCCUGGACUAUGAGCUGCGCUACUAUGAGAAGGACCAUGCAGAGAUUAACUCCACCAUCCUGCGAAGCCAAACUAACACUGCACGCGUGGAGGGCCUCAGGCCGGGUACAGUCUACGUGGUACAGGUGCGGGCACGGACUGUGGCUGGCUUUGGCAAAUACAGCAGCAAGAUGUGCUUCCAAACCCUCACAGAUGAUGACUUCAAGUCUGAGCUGAGAGAACAGCUUCCUCUGAUUGCGGGGUCAGCGGCAGCAGGAGUGGUCUUUAUUGUUUCCCUUGUUGCUAUCUCCAUCGUGUGCAGCAGGAAAAGGGCAUACACCAAGGAGGCGGUGUACAGUGACAAGUUGCAACAUUACAGCACAGGAAGAGAACUCUCUUUGCGAGCCGACAUGUCUAACUGCCCCUCCCCACUGGGCUGCCCGACCCACUUCUCAGGCUCCCCGGGGAUGAAGAUCUACAUCGAUCCCUUUACCUACGAAGACCCCAACGAAGCUGUACGAGAAUUCGCCAAGGAGAUUGACGUCUCCACUGUCAAGAUUGAGGAGGUCAUUGGUGCAGGUGAAUUUGGGGAGGUGUACAAGGGCCGUUUGAAGCUGCCUGGUAAGAGGGAGAUCUAUGUAGCCAUCAAGACCCUGAAGGUGGGCUACGUAGAGAAGCAGAGGCGGGACUUCCUGUCUGAGGCGUCAAUCAUGGGCCAGUUUGACCACCCAAACAUUAUCCGUCUGGAGGGUGUAGUCACAAAGAGCCGCCCGGUCAUGAUCGUCACAGAGUUUAUGGAGAAUGGUGCCCUUGACUCAUUCCUUAGGCAAAAUGAUGGUCAGUUCACGGUGAUCCAGUUGGUGGGGAUGAUGCGUGGGAUCUCAGCUGGGAUGAAAUAUCUCUCAGAAAUGAACUACGUCCACCGUGACCUGGCUGCACGAAACAUUCUGGUCAACAGCAACUUGGUGUGUAAAGUGUCUGACUUUGGCCUGUCACGCUACCUACAGGAUGACACAUCUGAUCCCAGCUAUACCAGCUCUCUACUGUCCACUUCUUUCCCAUUUCAAGGCUCCCAGAGCAACACAAAGGCACAUCGGAACGGCAUACUCAGUGGUGGGAAGAUCCCAGUGAGGUGGACAGCACCAGAGGCCAUCGCUUAUAGAAAGUUCACUUCGGCUAGUGACGUGUGGAGCUACGGCAUCGUCAUGUGGGAAGUGAUGUCAUUUGGAGAGAGGCCUUACUGGGACAUGUCCAACCAGGAUGUGAUUAAUGCCAUUGAACAGGACUACCGUCUUCCACCACCUAUGGACUGCCCCAGUGCCCUGCACCAGUUGAUGCUAGACUGUUGGCAGAAGGACCGCAACGUACGACCCCGCUUCAACGACAUCGUCAGCACCCUGGACAAGAUGAUCCGUAACCCCACCAGCCUCAAAGCUGUAGCCAACAUCCCUGCAGUGCCUUCUCAGCCACUGUUGGACAGAUCCAUACCUGACUUCAACACCUUCAGCUCAGUAGAGGACUGGCUCGCUGCCAUCAAGAUGAGCCAGUACAGAGACAACUUCCUCAACUCAGGCUUUACCUCCCUGCAGCUGGUGGCUCAAAUGACCUCAGAGGACUUGCUGAGAAUAGGAGUGACCCUGGCAGGCCACCAGAAGAAGAUCCUCAGUAAUAUCCAGUCCAUGAGGGUGCAGAUAAGUCAGUCACCCACGACUAUGGCAUGACUACAGGGGGCGCUGUGCCACGGAGCGGGCAGCAUUCGCAGGACCAACAACAAUGGCAGCCCUCGAAUGACCCCCGAUCCAUCGGAACGCGCCAGAGUCGAGACUAUUGUCUUAAUCUAAUCCACUACCAUGACAACAGGAGACCAGGGUCUACACUACCACACGGUUAACAGCUAUCACACUUCAUGCAAUCCACGCCAGGAGUUCAGGGUCCAGACUUGAUACUGUUUCUCCAUUUAUCCACAAAAGGAUGACAGACAUCAGUUACUGUGGUUAUAGACUGCCAUUAAUGUCAUUGUAAACCAAAAUAACUCCAACAAUCAGACAUCGACACAGGGAAUCUCUCACAUUUUCAGACUGUAUGGUAAAACGAGUGAUAUUGUACUUCUAUAUUAUCCGGACUAGAAGAUGUUAAAAUUGUAAACAGAAGUGUGAGACAUUUAGAAACAACGUGUGACCUGUGAUUUUACCGUCAUCAAUGUGUGCAAUGAAGAUGCCUUGACCUGGCCAGAAAUAAGUCCCAGAAGAAAAAGCAAUUACAAGUAGUAAUAAUUAGAGGGAGAAGCAUACAGGGAUGCACAGUGGAGCACCAUUUUUAACUUUCACAUCAUCUUUUGCUUGUUUGGAGAAUUUGAAAAAUGUAUUGUAAACGGACUGGUGAAAAUUCAGAGCUAGUUAUAUUUUUGUCUUUUACCAUCUGUUUGUUUGUUUGUUUUAUCACUAUAGCAAGACGCCGUCCACUCGUAUUUUAACUUUAACACUACCUGUGGAGUCCUGGGUGGAAGGCCUUGCCAAAGGACUUCUUAACCAGCCCCACCCAGAUUCAGAGAAUAUAAAUAUGUUUAUCUCUUGCUAAAUAUGAUUAUAUCUUUCAUAAUAAACCUUCAUAUUGAAGGUGAUAUGUAUGAAAAUGUAUGUACAGAACUCUCUGCUUGCAUUUUUGGCAAAGACAUGUUUGUUGACUAGAUUGUGAUAGACACAUGCAAUGUGUAGAUUUCUACGGUGUCCUGGUUCCCCUCAGACGACUGAACAACGGACACUGGGUUGUAUGUCUCCCUGUUCCAGGGACACAAGGACAAUCCUGACUGAAUCUUAACCUGAGGAAAAGAUUAAAGGUAUUGUGGGCGAGAAUUGAUAUUGUAGAUCUAUAUGAAAAUUGCUGUAGGAGUUCAAAAUAUCCAUUUAUUGGAGAUCAUGUUUAAUGUGGGUGUACACAUGCUGUCUCUUGCUGGUGAGCACUUACUUGUACAGAUAUGUUUUAUGUUUUUUUUUUGUUUGUUUGUUUGUUUUUUGUUCUGUUGUUUGUGUUGGGAGUGCUCAGCACCAUCAAGAGGGGAAGGAAACUCCACGCCUUGGCCAGCCCAAAUCCACGACUGUGGACUCAAAGAUUUACACACACACAUAAAACAGCAUACACGCAACACUUCAUGUUCACACACACACACACACAGUGAACACAGAAGAAUUGCUAUGGGCAGCCAAUGAGGAGGAAGACCAAGUGAAAUGGGACCUUUCCAGGAUACCAGUCACAACCUCCUUCUAUGGUACACAAUGGACGGUGGAGCUGAAUAUGAGUCUGCACAUGUCACAGUUUGUUUAUUCAUGUGUGUGUGUGUGUGUGUGUGUGCGUGUGUGAGACUUAAUGUAUGUGUGUGUGCAUAGCGGGCACAUUUGUGUGUACAGACAUUUAUGUGUGCACAGGUACAUUGUAUAAAAGUGUGAACGGUUUCUUUUUUUUUUGUUUCUGUAUAGCUACCACUUGUAAAUUGUGACAAGUACGUGUCAAGAGUUUGUAAGCUGUAACUUUCUGAGAACUAUUGUACUAAAAUGCACUCAAUAAACGCCUUGGAAAACAAGUCAA